UCCCUCCACACCCUCACAUGCACCAAUGCCCCCCAAGAUUACAUAGUCGUACAUGCGCGCAUAGAGAGUCACGCGUCGUGCAUAGAAGACCGUGGUGCACACCACCUGAGACCAGCAAGUUAUUCAAGAUGCUAUACCAGCUCGGUAUGGCGGUGGCAGCUGCUGUCGCCGUGCUUCAGAGAGCAUGGACAGUCAGCACUGGCGUCCUCGUAGGCUUGCUUCCGGUUCACGUCCUAAUGGUAGUCUCUCUGGGGGCCGGCGUGGCCAUGCUGUGGUGGGUUUGCCGGCCGCGGAACGUGUACCUCGUGGACUACGGCUGCUUCCUCGGCGAACCACGCUACAGGAUCCCCUUCGCGACGGCCCUGGAACACGCACGCCUCAUGACCUACCUGAUAGAGGAGGAGAGCACCAACUUCAUGGUUCGGCUGCAUGAGCGGUCCGGGAUCGGCGAGGAGACCAGUGUGCCGGAUUCGUACCGCUAUAUUCCCCCCGAGCGCAGCAUCGAGGCUUCCCGAGAGGAAGCCGAACUAGUCAUCUUCUCCGCCGUCGACAAGGUGUUCGCCAGGACCACCCUGAAUCCCGCGGACAUCGACACGGUCAUCGUCACCUGUAGCUUCACCACGCUGACGCCGGUGUUCGCCGACGUCGUCGUGAACAGGUACAAGCUCCGCUCUGACGUGCAGAGCGUGAACCUGUCCGGGAUGGGGUGCAGUGGGGCGCUCAUCUGCAUCGGCCUCGCCAAGAAACUCCUGCAGGUGGCACCGCCGGGGAAGCACGUCUUGAUCGUAGCCACCGAGAUCCUCUCAUCGAUGCUCUAUGACGGCACCAAACGCGAGAUGCUUGUGCCCAAUGUCCUCUUCCGCAUGGGCGCCGCCGCAAUGAUCAUGUCCAACUCACCAGAACGCGCCCGCUUCCGGCUCGGUCCUAUCGUGCGCACGCUUACCGCUGCGCAGGACAGGGACUACCGGUGCGCAUUCCAGGAGGAGGACGACAAGGGAAUUACAGGUAUCAAUCUCUCCAAGGACCUCCCCGUCGUUGCUGCGAACGCGCUCAAGAGUCACAUCGUGGCCUUCGGUCCCGCUGUCCUGCCUGUUUCGGAGCUUCUCCAGGUCGCGUUUUCCUUCCUCAAGCACAAGCUCCUGAGCGGUCGUGCGGAGGAGAGGUACUACCGCCCGGCCUUCAACAAGGUGUUCCAGCACUUCUGCAUCCACCCGGGCGGGCGCAGGGUGCUCAACGAGGUACAGCGUGGCCUCGGCCUCUCUGACCGUGACAUGGAGGCGUCGCAUAUGACGCUGCACCGGUUCGGGAACAUGGCGAGCAGCUCGUUGCUGUACGAGCUGGCCUACAUCGAGGCCAAGGGCCGGAUGACGAAGGGUGACCGGGUGUGCAUGAUCUCCUUCAGCCCCGGUAUAGACUGCAGCAGCGUCGUAUGGGAGUGCAUCAAGCCGGCGGCGAACCCCGACGGACCGUGGGCCGGCUGCAUCCACCUCUACCCUGUGCAGCUUCCACAAGUAGUCAAAAGGACCUAAGUACUCGUAUUCGAGCAUCGCAUGCAUCCGAUCGAGCGUGCAUAUAUACAUAUAUAGCUACCACUAUCGGGCACGUAUGCAUCAUGCAUGCAUGUACCUAGCUUGUCUCUCUGCAUGAGAUAAUUCGGCCCCCUUAGGGCCUAUAUAUACAAACCGUGUACUUAUAUAUUGAAUAAGAAUAAGAGAUCUAUUUCCACCUA